AUGCAUCGUGCAGAUACCUCGCCCGACGUACCACUUCUGGUAGAUGUGGCCGGUGGCCUUGGCCAUGACAUUGACGAUUUCAAGAAGAUGUAUUCGAAUCAUCCAGGCGAUCUUCCGGUCGUCAUCAACGACGUUGAGGGCAUUGACACCAGCAUCGAGCUGAUGGGACACGACUUCUUGACCGAGCAGCCUAUCAAAGGCGUAAAGGCCUACUUCAUGCACUCAAUCAUGUACGACUGGCCAGAUGACGUAUGCAAGAAGAUUCUAGCUUCCCUGGCAGAGGCAAUGGAGCCCGGAUACAGCAAAUUGUUGAUUUUUGAGGUGGUUAUUCCGCGUACGGGUGCUUACUGGGAGGCCACAGCGGGCGAUAUUCUGAUGAUGACCCAGCUCUCGGCGUUGGAACGCACUGAAGAUCACUGGCACCAGCUGGUUGAGGAGAGCGGUUUGAAUUUGAGAAUCGUCAAUUUCUGGAAGUGCGGCCAGUCGCAUGUUGAGAAUCUCAUCGAGUGUGAGUUGGUGGCUCAGCGUGCGGACUGA